GCUAGUUGACCUGUGAUUCCUCCUAACCUGUUGCGGUGCGCAUGGGUUGAAGGAAUUGUCGGCAUUCGGAGAGUACGCUGCGUGGGGUGGCCGGGGGCCAUGACGCGUCGGUUACGGGACGCGCCUGUGGCGCGGCGAGUGCGGCCACCACCUCUCCCGUCGUCGCACCAAUGCUCAACCUGUCCAACCUGCGCAAUCUCCUCUCGCAAGUGCUCGCACUGCCUGAGCUGCACACGGUUGCCCUCUUUACGCCGGAGGGUCAACUCGUUUCCUUUGCCGCGGAUCCGCAUAGACCCAAGGACAAUGUACGCGUCAUCGUCGGGUUGGGCGGGGAAGUUUGGAAGGAGACAAGGCAGCAGGACGCUGGGAUGGUCGAUACUGAGGUACGACGCGUCGUUGUGUUACCCAUCGACGAAGAACAGUACGAUGAUGACGCCACAGAGAAUGGCACGGGCGACAAGGAUCCCGUCAUGCUUUUGGCUCUGAAUAGUACCUCAUCCGUGUCUUGGGAAGAGCUGGAGCUGAAGGCACGAGAAUUGGCGAAGCAUCUCCGGAAGCCAGUCUCAGAACUACGGGGGCGUCUCGCUGCCGCACCUGUGCUGCACGUCGGCCCACGUCCUGAACGCACAGCUCGGUGAUACGUCAUAUACGACGUUUCGCUUGCUCAGGUACCGCAGUUACUUGCUCGGGUCUGCAACAAUGCGUAUGCGAUGACGGUA